UUCCUAUGCUGUCAGUGCUUCUUGGCACUACCUCGACGUACGGGAGCGAGCGAUGCAAUCACAGCUUCGUUGGCCAAAACACGUGUCAGCUUACGACCAGAAAGCGACCCCGACGUUGCUCUCUUGCUUUUUGGGGAGUUGCUGCCUCCGCUCUCGUAGCUGGUGUCGUUGUAUUCGUGACCAGUAAGGACGUCACAUCCACGACGGUCAGCGUACAAGUCGUCGAGUUUGCAGCAGCCACAAUUGUCGUGCCAGUCAAGUGCACCCCCGUGAGCGUCCAAGGCGACGCCACGUACUGCAUCACUGGCAAAACGUGUGGGGCUGAUGCUGGAACGGUUUGUCCGAUGAAGGGAGCAACAACAUCGCAGGACUGCUUUCCAGGCAUUCGAAGUUAUGUCAAUGCUACAGCGUGCAUUGCGCCACUGGACUCGGCAUGCUCUUGGAUGGCCAAUGGAGGCAAAGGAUGUGUGUUCAAGUUCCCAACUACAGCCAAGCCUACAACUGCAAAACCAACCACUACGACCAAGGGAACAACUGUGCCCGCAACCUCCUCCGCUCAAGCCACUAGCGUCACCAGUGGUGCACCCACAACUCUGACGCCUACGACUACUACGCCUACGUCGAAGCCACCAUCCAACCCAGCGAGUCCGGCUACAACGUCUGCCACGACCUCCACUCAAGCCCUGCCUAGCGUCACCACUGCUGCACCCACAACUCUGACGCCUACGACUUCUACAGCAACGUCGAAGCCAUCACCCGACCCUGCGAGUCAGGCUACAACGUCUGCCACCACCUCCACACAAUCGCCGCCUAGCAUCGCCAGUGCUGCACCCACAACUCUGACGCCUACGACUACUACGGCUACGUCGAAGCCACCAUCCAAUCCAGCGAGUCCCGCUACAAC